ACUUGCAUCGUUUUGUGGAAGCACAUUUCUAACCUAAAAUAAAAUGUUAAAUAUUUUAAAAAACGUGAAACAUUGAAGAGUAUCUACAAAAUACAUAUAUUUGUACCACGUGCUUGUUCUGUAAUUAUUUUUGAAACAAAUUAAUAUGGAUUUAGGAGAACCAUUUAAGGAAAAAAAGAAGAAGAAAAGUAAAGGAGAAAAAAGUUUAGCUGAUAUUCAGACAUCGCAAGAUUUUCAAAUUGAAACAUCUGAGAAAGUUGUUCCAUUGGAUACAUCAAAAUGGCCACUUCUGUUAAAAUACUUCGAUCGCCUAAAUGUCCGUACAAAUCAUUACACACCAUUACCGUUUGGAGCGUCACCAUUAAAACGUAAUAUAAGUGAAUACAUUAAAGCUGGUUUCAUCAAUUUGGAUAAACCAUCGAAUCCAUCCAGUCAUGAAGUUGUCGCAUGGAUCAAGCGUAUAUUAAAGGUUGAAAAAACUGGUCAUUCUGGAACAUUAGAUCCUAAGACUUCAGGAUGUCUAAUCGUAUGCAUUGACCGAGCAACUAGAUUAGUUAAAUCUCAACAAGCAGCUGGAAAAGAGUACGUUAGUGUAUUCAAAUUACAUUCAUCAGUUGAAGGUGGAUCGGUGAAAGUUCUCCAAGGAUUAGAAAAAUUACGUGGAGCCUUAUUUCAAAGACCACCAUUAAUAUCGGCUGUAAAACGACAAUUACGUGUUCGAAGUGUCUAUGAAAGUAAACUUUUAGAUUUUGAUCCAGAAAGGAACAUAGGUGUAUUUUGGGUUAGUUGCGAAGCUGGCUCGUACAUCAGAACUAUGUGCGUACAUUUAGGUUUAAUGCUCGGUGUUGGUGGACAAAUGUUAGAAUUGCGUCGUUCUCGAUCCGGUAUACAAUCAGAAAGAGAUUCAAUGUCAACAAUGCAUGAUAUUUUAGAUGCUCAAUGGUUAUAUGAAAAUCACAAAGAUGAAAGUUAUCUUAGAAGAGUUGUUCAACCGUUAGAAGGCCUUUUAGUUAAACAUAAACGAAUUAUAAUGAAAGAUAGUGCGGUGAAUGCUGUAUGCUAUGGUGCUAAAAUAAUGUUACCUGGAGUAUUACGUUACGAUGAUAAUAUUGAAUUAAAUGAGGAAAUCGUAAUUGUUACAACAAAAGGUGAAGCAGUUGCACUUGCAGUCGCUUUAAUGACGACAGCAACAAUUGCUAGCUGUGAUCAUGGUAUUGUUGCAAAAAUUAAGAGAGUUAUUAUGGAACGUGAUACAUAUCCAAGAAAAUGGGGAUUAGGACCAAAAGCUUCUAUGAAAAAACAAUUAAUUAGUAAAGGACAACUGGAUAAACAUGGAAAGCCAAAUGAAAAUACACCGAAAGAAUGGUUAACUGGAUAUGUAGAUUAUAGCGUCAAGACAGAGAAAUCAGCAACCAAUAUUAAGGUAGAACCAGAAAAUGGCCAAGAAGAUGAAAUUUCAAGAAAGCGACGAAUAAGUGACAGUACGGCAACUGAAGUAGAUACAACCAUGGAAGUAGAUGUUGAACACAAAGAAAAGAAAAAGAAGAAGAAGAAACGAAAGACAGAUGAUGAACAAGAAUCAGAAAUCGUUCAAGUUAAAACAGAGGUGAUGGAUGAAAGUGGUGAAACGGUAACAAAAGAAAAGAAAAAGAAGAAGAAAAAGGAUAAAAAACAAGAUGAUGAAUAAUUUGAAUUUAUAAAUUUUAAGAGGUUUGAACGAAUCCAAAAGAAAAACAAACAUUUUUUUAUCCUACUAAGAAUUAACUUUAAAAAAAAAACAAAAACAUUAUUUUUUAUUUGAUGUUUUGACUUCGUUUGUAAUCAAGAAUGAAUUGAUUUUAUUUUAAAUGACUCUUUUUGAUUCAGGCUAAGGCUAGACGCGGGACCAAUAUGUUGGCAGUAAGCAGUAAAUAGAGACAGUAUUUAAAUAAAAAA